UCAUCAAAUUUUAUCGAGUUCAUAUUAUUUUGUUUUAUAAAUAUAAUUCAAAAUGGUUUCAGCGACAUUUGCGAUCUGUGUAUCAGCAUUAUUCUUGCAGACAAUAUCAGCCCAAUUCAGACGACCAUUUGGCGUUCAACCUAUAGCGAACCCGAUCCCAGAAGCUUUGCCAAACAAUCUCGCAUACACAAUGCCAUACGGCCCAAUAGCAGAGCCAAUGCUUCAAGCCAUACCGGAAAACUCUGCGACUUUCAACGGUGGAGGCUUCAAAGUCACUAGUUAUUCUUCAGUUGGCCCAACUGGCUUAAACGUUCAAUCAGAUAACUUGGCUGUUGAAGGGCCUUUGGCUGUAACUGGAAAGCUGCCUUUCUUAGGAGUAGUUACAGUGGAAGGUCCCUUACCCGCGGUUGGCCAAGGUUCCGUGGCAUAUGAGUGUGGCAACGGUAAUGUUGGAAUCGUUUCCGAGGGUGCUGUUGGCGAUGGGCUUGGCGUAUCCGCUGGCCUGACUGGCCUUGGCUAUAACGGCAUUAGUAAUGGAAUGCCCGUUGGACGUUAUUAGCUUUAAAGUUGUUUUAUAAGUUGUUGUUAAUGUUAUAAGUUUUUUAAAUUAUAUCAAUAAAGAAUGUGAUCCAUAA